AUUUAAGGCAGAUUCUAUGUGCUGAGUCAAGUUAUAUAUUCACUUGGUUGUGUGAGCUUCUUUGGGAACACUUGAAGAAUAAUAAUACCCCACACGCAACAAGUAAGGGUCUUGCAGCUUGAGAUACCUUUCCCCAUAAUGUGGCUUUUCCUUUGCUGUUCUGGCUCUUUUUGAGAGUUUCUUAGAGCCUACAUUUUAAUACACUCUUUGUUGCUUCUUUUCACGCCUGCAUUUUGUUGUUGUGUAGAGUCAGAGAGAGAGAGAGAGAGCCUUGAAAUGGGUUCUGGAUUCUCUUAGUUUUGAUUGAGAAAUAGGGGAAUUCAGUUCUUUUUGGGUGUUUUCUGAAUUGGGUUUUGCUCAGUUUUCCAUUUUCAGAUCUGGGUUCUUGAAGAAAAAGAAAAAGGAAAAGAAAAAAUUGGGGAUUUUGGGUUUGUGUUUGCUGCUAGGUUUGUGUUUGAGAAAAUGGCUCCGAGACUGGAUUUUUCCAAUCUGUGGGCAAAGGAUAGUAUCCGGAAGGGGACACCUGUGGUGGUGACAAUGGAGAAUCCAAACAUUUCCGUUGUGGAGAUUGAUGGUCCAGAUGCUGCAUUUAGGCCUGUGGAGAAGAGCAGAGGAAAGAAUGCAAAGCAAGUGACUUGGGUCUUGCUUCUCAAGGCUCACCGAGCUGUCGGUGGCCUCGCUUGGCUGGCUACAGUUAUCUGGGCGUUGCUUGGUGCCAUUAAGAAGAGAUUAGUUCAUAGGCAAGGAGUGGAUGUGGAUACUGAGAAGUUGGGAAAGGGAAAGCUGCUAUUUAGAGUCAUUAAAGUGUUCUUGGCGACUUCCUUGGCAAUUCUGGCCUUUGAGGUGGUUGCAUACUUCAAAGGUUGGCAUUAUUUUCGGAAUCCAAAUUUGCAUAUUCCACGAACUUCUGAAUUGCAAGGGUGGCUCCACAUGGUCUAUGUUGCCUGGUUAACGUUCCGGGCUGAGUACAUUGCACCCACUAUUCAAGCUCUCUCGACUUUUUGCGUCGUCCUGUUCCUAAUCCAAUCGGCUGAUCGUAUGAUACUUUGCUUAGGUUGCUUGUGGAUAAAGUACAAGAAAAUUAAGCCAAGAGUUAAGGGGGAUCCUUUCGAAAUGAGUGAUGUUGAGAAAUCUGCAGGCUAUGAGUAUCCAAUGGUUCUUGUUCAAAUCCCAAUGUGCAAUGAGAGAGAGGUGUAUGAACAGUCAAUGUCUGCUGUCUGCCAAAUCGAUUGGCCGAAGAACCGUUUACUGAUUCAAGUUCUUGAUGAUUCCAGUGAUGAGAGCAUCCAAUGCUUAAUUCAGGCCGAGGUUGCCAAGUGGAGCCAAAAGGGUAUCAACAUAAGAUAUCGGCAUCGAGAAGUUAGAACCGGUUACAAAGCUGGGAACCUUAAGUCGGCAAUGAACUGUGAUUAUAUUAAGGACUGCGAAUUUGUAGCAAUUUUCGAUGCAGAUUUCCAGCCAAAUCCAGAUUUUCUUAAGCAAACCGUGCCACACUUCAAGGACAAACCCGAACUAGGUCUUGUUCAGGCUAGAUGGGCCUUUGUGAACAAGGAUGAGAACUUGCUAACGCGUCUCCAAAACAUUAAUUUAUGCUUCCACUUUGAGGUGGAACAGCAGGUUAAUGGGGUGUUCCUUAACUUCUUUGGUUUCAAUGGAACUGCUGGUGUUUGGAGAAUUAAAGCGCUCGAAGAGUCUGGAGGGUGGCUUGAAAGGACUACUGUGGAAGAUAUGGACAUUGCAGUCAGGGCCCAUCUCAAUGGUUGGAAAUUCAUCUUCCUCAAUGAUGUCAAGGUACUUUGCGAAGUUCCCGAGUCAUACGAAGCUUACAGGAAACAGCAACACCGCUGGCAUUCUGGUCCUAUGCAACUCUUUAGAUUAUGUCUUCCUGCAAUUUUAACUUCAAAGAUAUCAGCAUUGAAGAAGGCAAACAUGAUUUUACUAUUCUUUUUAUUAAGGAAACUCAUCCUUCCUUUCUAUUCUUUCACAUUGUUCUGCAUAAUUCUUCCGCUAACCAUGUUUGUCCCGGAAGCCGAGCUUCCUGUGUGGGUCAUAUGUUAUGUGCCUGUUUUCAUGUCAUUCCUCAACAUUCUUCCGGCUCCUAAAUCCUUCCCUUUCAUCGUUCCUUACCUCCUGUUCGAAAAUACCAUGUCUGUCACCAAAUUCAAUGCAAUGAUCUCUGGAUUGUUCCAGUUGGGUAGCUCUUACGAGUGGACGGUUACAAAGAAGACCGGUAGGUCAUCAGAAUCCGACUUACUGGCUGCUGCUGAGCGAGAAUCAAAGACAAUGAAUCAGUUGCAGAUCCACAGAGGAGCUUCUGAGAGCGAGCUUUUGGAGUUGAACCGACUUAUGGAACAGAAAGAAGUGGCUUCAGUGCCUGUUAAGAAAGUUAACAAGAUAUACAAGAAAGAACUUGCUUUGGCAUUCCUUUUGCUCACAGCUUCUGUUAGGAGCCUCCUAUCUGCACAAGGUGUCCAUUUCUACUUCCUUCUUUUCCAAGGAAUCACCUUUCUCCUUGUGGGUCUUGAUCUAAUUGGUGAACAAAUGAGCUAAGAAUGCAUGGGAAGCCAAAGAGAGCUAAGAAUGCAUGGGAAGCCAAAGAAAAGGAAAUCCCCAUUAUUUGUGGGAAAUCACAGUGAAGGAAUAACCUGUGAUUCAGUUACCCAACAAACUAGUUUGUUAUCCAUAUUUUAUUUGAUGGAAACUUGCUCAUUUUGACAAGCCAUAGGUAUUAAAUUUCUUCCUUUUGCUAGGUUGAGACAGAAUUUCUUGUUCUCGUUUUUCCACUUCAUAUUCAUUGUAGCUAUAUAUUGAUUCUUCCUUGGGUGUGAUUUGGUGUCUCAGAUCCAAGCCAUAUUUGUAUUGUAGCAUUGAAGCAGCCUGAGUGAAGUCUAAGAAGGUUGAUAUUUCCCGCUGCUUUUUUUGGUUCAUAGGUUCCAUUUGUCUCUACUUGUCUUGUGUUACCUUCCAUAUACAACAAAUAAGCUCUCUCAAAUGCCUUGUUUCUCUUUCUUUUC